AGUCAUUUUAAACGUAAAGAUGUCGGAAAACCCUUUUGAUACUCUAACGAGUCCGCAAAAAAUUAACGAAAUUAUAGAAAACGUACUGUUAAUAACGUUAAAUCCGGAUCAUACAAACAAACAAUUAUUUUUAAUGGAACAAUCGGAAACUCGUCUAUGGACAGUUGAACUUAUUGAAUUAAAUCUUUUCGAGCGAAUAAUGGCAUUAUCCUUUGAAAGAGGUGAUGAUAAUAAAAUCGUAAUUUAUUUGUAUAAUUCAUUUCUACGUCUGAAACACGAAAACAAGAAAGGGAAAUCUGAUGUGUGUGAUGUUUUAUCAUCGCUGAUAUUCAGAAAUGUUGCUGUGUCAUUGAAGGAGCCAGAAUUGUUUCCUGAACAAAAUAUAUGUGAACAGUUCUUGGAAAUAUAUAAAGAUAGCGAAAUUGAAGAUCCAUCAUAUCGGGAUGAAUUUCUAUCAUCAGUUAUCAAGAAAGCACUUGAAGACUCCGAUAACGACAUGAAAAGCAAUGUGAAAGAAAUUUUUUUCAAAUGUUUCGAUGAAUGCAUGAAAUCUAUAAGACAAUCAUCGAUGAUAACGUUUGAGAAAUGGAUCAUGCCGUUUCUCAUCGCUUUCAGUAGCGACAAAAAUAAUCCUGAAAUGGCCAAUAUUUUUCUAAAUUACACGACUCCACCCCCAGGCUGUGAUGGAAUCAAAUAUGCUGACUCUUUAUUAGGUCAAAUUCUUUGUCUAUCAAUGACACCUAAGAACAAUCAAGGACCAUACGAAUUUUAUGACAACUUACAAAACACAAACCUCACGUCACUAAAUAAUUUAUCAGCGUCUUUGUGGAAUUAUUUAAAAGUUCUUCACGAUUCUUUGCAUUCUUUGAUAAAAGGAUUUCUUGUUAUUGGAGGUGAUACAAAAGAAAGAAUGCUUAUCUGGUUGGGAAAUGCAAUAACUUCAAAUGUUAAACGUGGACAAAUUUGGAAUACGCACACUUCAAUGGUUCUUGGUAAUUUCACAACAGCACCUGAUAGCUUUAUGAUUGGUCUUGCAGGCGUUCUACUUCGAUUAUGUCUGCCUUUGAUGAAACCACAACUGAAAGUUUUGAUUGUUGAUCCAACAUUUUCAGCUGUCAAAGCAGAACAAGCAGCAGAAAAACAAGUUCACAUGAAAGAUAUCGAUAAGGAAACGUGUCUGAUUCCCUUUGAAGAUGAUGAAGAACGAAUCACCGCAACAAAGUAUAACUUUGUUACUGAACUUUUCUUUAUGACACAGAAAGCUAUUGAUCUGAGUUUUCGUGUCUGCAUCGAGAAAGUUAUCAGAAUGAAUCGAGAAAUUCAACGAAUGCAAAAUGCUUAUCAAGAUGCAGCACAAGGUGGAAGUAAUUCAGAUAUUGCUGAGAAUAUUAUGAAUGCUUUGACAAAACAAACACAACAACUUUUGUGUCUUCAAAAUCUUAUUCUCGAGCCAAGAAAUGAUGAGUUGCUUGUUCUUUUUUAUGAAGCCACUGCGAUGUGGGUGAAUUUGUUAGCGACAAAAACUUCAAUAAAUCCAGAAGAUGCUGCAAAAGGAUAUGCUCCAUUAACUGUUAAUGAAAUUCAUUUGCCAUUAGUUAAUGAGUCGAGUAAACUUCUUCAAUAUAUUCCUGAAAUGAUUCUCGAAAAUAUCGUCGGCUAUUUGCAAUUCAGCAAAAUAUUCGAAACUCAAGCACGUCAAAAUCACGAAGCAAAGGAAAAUUUCAUCACAAUGAUUUUAAUAUUUAUGGGAAACAGUAAACGUGCAAAAAAUCCACAUUUACGAGCUAAUUUAGCUGAGGGCUUGGAAAGUUUAUUGCCAAAGGAAAGCAAUGGUUAUACGAUGGACACACAACUCUUCCAUCAACAUCCACAUCGUCUUCAAAUUGUAGAAAAUCUUUUAAAUGUUUUUGUUUCCAUUGAGAUGACGGGACAAAGCGUGCAAUUUGAACAGAAGUUUAAUUAUCGUAGACCAAUGUAUGUGAUCAUGGAAUUUUUAUGGAAAAUUCCUGAACAACGUGAAUGUUUCAAUGCUUUGUCACUUGAUGCAGAAAUUCACAUUGAUGAUGUUGAAGCGCCAAUAUUCCUUCGAUUCAUAAAUGUAUUGAUAAAUGAUUCGAUUUUCUUACUCGAUGAGAGUUUAAGUAAUUUACAGCAAAUCAGAGAGCUUGAAGAAGCCAGAGACAAUGGAAAAUGGGAUUCACUACCAAACAAUGAACGACAGCAGAAUGCUCAAAAUUUACAAAUGUUGGGAAAUCUUGCUCGCUUUGAUAACAUCUUGGGACGAGAUACAAUAAAUAUUCUGAAACUUCUAACAUCAGAAACGAAAGGAAUUUUCUGUCAUGCUUCGAUGGUUGAUCGAAUUGCUGCAAUGUUAAAUUACUUUUUACUUCAUCUUUGCGGACCAAAGCAGAAGAAUUUUAAGGUGAAGAAUAAGGAGAACUUUGACUUCGAUCCAGCAAACACUGUGAAACAAAUUUGUCAUCUUUAUCUGAAUCUUCGUGAGAGUGAAUCGUUUUGUUUGGCUGUUACACAAGAUGGAAGAUCUUAUUCGCCAGAACUCUUUAAAUAUGCCGAAAAAACUUUGAUAAAAAUUGGUGGUGGUGAUUUGAUUACUGAAAUUAUUGAAUUUUCCGAUAAGGUACAGAAGAUUGAACAACGUCAAAGGGAGAAUGAUGAAGCACUUGUCAAUCCACCAGAUGAGUUUUUAGAUCCAAUUUUAUCAAUUCUAAUGAAAGAUCCAGUAAUUCUUCCAAGCUCAAAAGUCACUGUUGAUCGUUCAACAAUAUCACGACAUUUGUUGUCAGAUCAAUCGGAUCCAUUCAACCGAUCACCAUUAUCGAUGGAUCAAGUUAUUCCUGAUACAGAAUUGAAGAAAAAGAUUGAAUAUUGGAUCAAAGAAAGACUUCAAAAUUAUAACGAAACGAAAAAUUAGUUUAUUAAAUUUACAACUAUAGAUCGAUGUAAAUGUGGUUAAUUAAUAAAUAAAAAAUAUUUCAACUCCCUAAGAGGUACAUCGAAUGGUACCCAAUCAUAAAUUGCGUUAUAACGUUUCAAAACAUUUACAUUUUCUUUUAAAAGCUUUCAGCAAGUUCACGAUAUUUAUGCAUAUAAAGUUCACAAAAAACCAAAUUUUAUCGGUCACUGGAGGAUUUCUGUAAUCUAAUUUAGACUCAUGGAAUUCAAGACUCAUCUUUGCUUUAG